CAGGCGAACAAUCACGAAGAAGAAGGCCACGACACCCCAGAUAGCGCAAGCGCAAGGGCCAUGUCAAGCACAGCAGACCGUGUUGCCGCGUUGCCGCGGGAGAAGCUCAUCACCCUCGUAUUACAACUAUCACAGAGCGUGGACCAGCUCAAAUCACAGCUGCGAGCGAGUGAGACGGAACGGCAACGUCUCGCUGAUCAGCUCUUUGCCACCCGCCAACAAUGGACCGAGCUGCAGACUGCGGUGUCAUCUGUGUCGCAGAUGAUGCAGAGCGAUGCGCAGCAACAGGCACGAGCGGCGCAGCAGCCGUUCGCGUUUGACGCUGCCAUGAGCGAGGCCAUAUCCGUUGUUGCCGAGAACGAGCUGAAGGAGGUGGGUGCACAGUUGCAGCAGCACAACACCGCCGACAGCGCCAACACAACCGCCGCCACGACGCUCAUGAACGGCGGCACGGAGCUCAGCCUUGCGGACGACGACGACGAUGACGAUGAUGAUGAUGAUGUUGUUGGUCUUGGUGAGGAUGAUGUUGGUCUUGGUGAGGAUGAUGUUGGUCUUGGUGAGGAUGGUGAUGGUGAUGAUGCAACGCAGAGAACUGGAGACCGCAGUGCAGACUCAAAGGACGACAGUGCAGAUGCAAGAGACUGGACCAAUGGAAAUACUGGUGACGCACCAACCCCUUCACAUCAACAGCAGCAGCAGCAGGAGGAGGAGGAGGAGGAGGACCCUCAACGACACGCUCCACGCCACGGAGCGCCCAUGGCAGCAGCUGCAGACAGGACAGGACACAGCACUGCUGAUGGUGAUGAUGAUGGUGGUGUCUCGAGCAACACAGCCAAGAAUGGGGUGACACAGCUGGCCCGUGACCUCCAAGCGAGCAAGCUCAGCUGAAAACGAUAUCAAACGCUGACACAGCAAUAGGGGUGGCAGUUACGCUGGCGCUUUUGCUUGGGCUUGGGUCGAGGGAGGGACAGUGGUGAUGGGGAUGGUUGGUGAUGGGGAUGGUUGGUGUGGAUGAUGUGGAUGUCCUAAUGUAUCCUGCUUCAUAGUGGUCAGCUGUCGUGGUUUUGCGCCGUGUGUAUGUUUUGUGUGUGUCUUUGCCAGUGUUUGUGUGUGUGUGUGUGUCUUUGCCAUAUGUUUGUGUGUGUGUGUGUGUGUGUGUGUGUGUGUGUGUAUGCCAUGUGUGUGUGUGUGUUGUGUGUCUGUGCAUUUGGACUCGUUGAAUCAUCAUGCGAUAAACAUGUCAACGUGUGA